UAAAGGCGACAUGCAGUUGAAUGAGUGCAGUCAGUUAGAGAAGGAAAAAGAUAUUUGCAAUACAGCUGGGGUGAGUUUUCCUUGGCUUUAGAAGCAAGGAAAGAGAGAAGCUGUUCGAGCAAGGAGAACUUGGAGGGAAAGAGUCAAAGUGAGUGUUGUGUGCAUGUGUGCGUGCGCAUGUGUGCGUGCGUGUGUGCAUGUGAGACGUUGGUUCCUGGAAAAGCAGAGGGCUGCAGAAUAAACAGGCUGCAUGCCUGAGACUGCCCUGUGAUGUCAUCACUGGGCAAACGGGAGGAGGGAGAGAGACAGUGGGAGAGAGAGAGAGAGAACCAUCAGGUUAAAAGGGAGCAGCAAAGGCACGGGAGGGGAUGAGUACUGAGCAAAAAGUGUCAGAGGUGGAGAGCAGGAGGAAAAGUCAGAUGGACAGGAACGGGAGCAUUCUGUCAUUCUCAGUAACAGAGUGAGACUGUAGGAGGAAAGGAGGAGGAGGUGCAGUGAUAAGUAGGAGGACAAGGAAAGGAGAGAGGCUGCUGAGGAGGAGAGCACUGAUGGUGGACAUCAACUCUGCGCUGCCCCUGCGUCUCCCUCCAGCCGCUAUUCCCAUGGACCUGCGUGUGGACCAUCACCAACAGCAGCAGCAGGUGUCCACACUGUCCCCACCUGGUCAGCAGUCACCCAGCCCAGGCACGCUGGGGGGAACAGGACAGGCCGGCGGAGGUGUGGCGUCGGCCUCAGUACGUGAACAGCAGCUUCAGCAGGAGCUGUUGGCUCUGAAACAGAAACAGCAAAUCCAGCGGCAGAUCCUGAUUGCUGAAUUCCAGCGGCAGCAUGAGCAGCUGUCCCGACAGCACGAAGCCCAGCUUCAGGAACACAUUAAGCAACAGCAAGAACUGCUUGCCUUGAAGCAUCAGCAGGAGCUGCUGGAGCACCAGAGGAAGAUGGAGAACCACCGCUUGGAGCAAGAGCUGGAAAAACAGCAGAGGGAGCAGAAACUGCAGCUGCUGAAGAACAAGGAACGAGGACAAGAAAGUGCUGUUGCCAGUACUGAGGUAAAGAUGCGCCUUCAGGAGUUUGUUCUCAACAAGAAGAAGGCCCUGGCCCAGCGGAGCCUCAACCAAGGAGGCCUCCCAAAUGAUGCUCCCUACUGGUACCGCAAAACCCAGCACAGCUCUCUGGACCAGAGCUCGCCUCCACAGACUGGUGUGUCCACCUACAACCACCCUGUACUGGGAGUGUACAACCCCCGGGAUGAUUUCCCACUCCGAAAGACUGCCUCAGAACCCAACCUGAAGCUGCGUUCUCGGUUGAAGCAGAAGGUAAGCGAGAGAAGGAGCAGUCCACUGCUGCGGCGUCGUGACAGCCCCAUCGCAACUGUCAAGAAGCGUUCUCUCGACAUAGCAGACUCUGCGUGUAGCAGUGCCCCAGGCUCAGGACCAAGUUCCCCAAACAACAGCUCUAACAACAUCCCCAAUGAGAAUGGCAUCACUGUAUCAGUCUCCAGUAGCACAGAGGCAGCUCUGGCCCAGAGGCUGUGCAGCAGUGCUGAGCGAGGCUCCGUUAACCAGCUGUCCCUCUACACCUCUCCCUCGUUACCCAACAUCACCCUGGGGCUGCCAGCCACAGCCACUGCCACGGCUGCUUCCAAUGUGACCUCAGUCCAGCAGGAUGGAGUUCUGCAGCCGGCCCUCUCACUCAGCCCUCCUUUCCUGUCUGGCAGCCACUUGACCCCCUACCUGACUGAGUCGGGAGCAAGCACAGGUGCCCACAGCCCACUGCUCCAGCACAUAGUGCUCAUGGAACAGAGUCCAGCACAGAGCCCUCUCGUGACAGGUGUAAGCGGCUUGUCCAUGCCAUCAGCGGCAUCCAUGGCGAAGCUGCAGCGACAGCACCGGCCGCUGGGGAGGACCCAGUCAGCCCCUCUGCCUCAGGGGAGCGCCGCUCAGGCUCAUGCCCAGGCUCUGGCUCUGCAGCAGCUGGUGGUUCAGCAGCAGCACCAGCAGUUUUUGGAGAAACAUAAGCAGCAAUUUCAACAGCAGCAGCUUCACCUCAACAAGAUGAUGCCCAAACCCAGUGAACCGUCUGUGGCCCGCCAGCACCAGAGCCACCCUGAGGAGACUGAGGAGGAGCUGAGGGAGCACCAGGAUGGCGCUGCACUGCCUCCAGGGGUCACCAUCAAGCAGGAACCCCCAGACCCACAGGAUGUUCAGGAGGAGGUGAUACAGCAGCACAGGGACCGAGAGAGGCAGGCGGAACAGGAACUUCUCUUCCGACAGCAGGCCUUGUUGUUGGAGCAGCAACGCAUUCAUCAGUUGAGGAACUACCAGGCUUCCAUGGAGGCAGCUGGCUUGACAGUUUCCUUCCCUGGCCACCGCCCCCUGUCCAGGGCUCAGUCGUCUCCUGCCUCAGCUUCCUCCUUCCCAAUUAGUGUCCCAGCACCCGAUCCACCUGUAAAGAUGCGCUUCACCACAGGUCUGGUGUACGACUCUCUAAUGCAGAAGCACCAGUGCAUGUGUGGAAAUACCAACAGCCACCCGGAGCAUGCAGGACGUAUUCAGAGCAUUUGGUCCCGCUUGCAGGAGACCGGACUCCGAGCACAGUGCGAGUGUAUCCGUGGGAGGAAGGCCACUCUGGAAGAGUUGCAGACAGUGCACUCCGAAGCCCACGUCCUGUUGUACGGAACCAACCCUCUCCGACAGAAACUUGAUUGUUCAAUCACUCCAAUGUUUGUACGGCUCCCAUGCGGAGGGGUGGGGGUGGACAGUGAUACCAUUUGGAAUGAGGUCCACUCCUCCAGCGCGGCUCGUCUCGCUGUUGGUUCUGUGGUGGAGCUGGUUUUCAAAGUGGCUACAGGAGAGCUGAAGAAUGGUUUUGCCGUGGUCCGUCCUCCUGGACACCAUGCAGAGGAAAGUACUCCAAUGGGCUUUUGCUAUUUCAACUCUGUGGCCAUCGCAGCCAAACUUCUGCAGCAGAGACUUAAUGUCAACAAGAUCCUCAUCGUGGACUGGGAUGUUCACCAUGGCAACGGGACUCAGCAAGCUUUUUAUGACGAUCCCAAUGUCCUCUACUUGUCUAUUCAUCGCUAUGAUGACGGGAAUUUCUUCCCUGGCAGCGGCGCACCGGAUGAGGUGGGCAGUGGGCCUGGAGUUGGAUUCAAUGUAAAUGUCGCCUUCACUGGAGGCCUUGAUCCACCAAUGGGUGACACAGAGUACCUAGCUGCAUUUAGGUCAGUGGUGAUGCCCAUCGCCAAUGAGUUUGCGCCAGACAUCGUCCUGGUUUCGUCUGGGUUUGACGCAGUAGAAGGUCAUCCUCCACCGUUGGGCGGCUACACACUGACGUCCAAGUGCUUUGGCUAUCUAACAAGGCAGCUGAUGACCCUUGCUGGAGGAAGGGUGGUCCUGGCUCUGGAGGGGGGUCACGACCUCACUGCCAUCUGUGAUGCCUCGGAGGCCUGUGUCGCUGCCCUGCUUGGCCAGGAGUUGGACCCACUGCCAAAGACCGUCCUUGAGCAGAGGCCCAACCCCAAUGCUGUUCGCUCCCUGGAAAAAGUCAUAGAGACUCACAGCAAGUACUGGCGUUCAGUGCAACGCCACUCACCGCGACUUGGCCUCUCUUUGCUGGAGGCUAAACGAGGAGACUCUGAAGAGGCUGAGGCGGUCAGCGCCAUGGCCUCACUAUCCGUGGCCAACACAAACUCCAUGGAUCACAGCAGGCCAGAGGAAGAACCCAUGGAAGAGGAAGAACCACUGUAACGGAAACCAACAUGUGGGUGUCAUGUUGUUACCAUUGACCUCUCCGGAGGAUGCCUCUUUGAGCUGCGAAGAGCCUCAAUCGAUCCCUUCAUUUAGUCCCCUAACCCCACUCACCACGUCAAUCACCUUGAUUGACAGUGCCUCGUCCAACGAGGGAGAGGGGGUGGGCUCAGCCUCAGAGUAGGGAGCCAAUCAGGAGGCAGAGGAUAGAAUUGGGAAAAAAAUUCAAAUCAAAGCGUUGCUUGGCUGCACUCGCCUGGAGACACUCUUCUUUUGUCAGUCUUCGCACUGAAUCGUUAGCCAUCUGUGGCUAGCCAAGUGACCACAUCUGAAGGCUCCGUGCGAGCGUGGACGGUGGGCGAGUCCUGACUUGCCUUAUAAAGGCGUGUUAACACUUCUGUGCAAAAAACUAUGGUGCUUUACACAGCUGCCCGCUGACCACCUCUGGACAACAGGGACAGCAGACAUUCCCAGCUGUCAAGCACAGCUCGCGAUUUUCUUUUCUCAACUAUUUUUCUCAACUAAACAAAAAGGCAUCACAGCAGUUGAGAAAAUAUCUUACAAGAUAAUGUUCACUGUGGACCAUUGGUUGAAGUGUAGUCAGCUUUGACAAAGAUUUGACGAUCUCUUGGGGACACGGUGGCUCCAUUGGUUCAGCCCAUCGUCGCAGAGCGUUGACAAAAUGUGAGGAGUGCCUUGGUGAAGAGCCGAAGGAUUUCAGGAUUGUUCAGGAAAAGAUUGCCUUAAGUUAAAAGAUUUUUCUCACUACAGAAGCGGUGCAAGGGUGGGAGGUGGAUAGUUUCAAGUCACUGACGACAAGAAUGAUGAAAAAACAAUCUUUCAGCAUGUUUACGUGGCGCACAGUGCAGACAUCAUUUAUGUCUCUCGUGGCCUCUCUUGAAGAGUUACUUUACUUUUGGAUGGAUCUAUUUUUGGGUACAGAAAGAAAAGGCUUUGUAAAGGUAGUUGCCAUCCUCAGUUGAAAAACGGAGCAAACAUGGAGAGUUUGAUUAUGGAAUUAGACUGAGAACUCUCAAAUAGUUUAGCCUUUCAUGUAGCCUCCCUUUAAGCGUAAACCACAUAAAGCAUGCAUUUGAGCGAGCAGAGAUCGGAAUUUUUUUUUUGCAAGAUUCUGAAUGUUAUCCAAAAGAAAAGCCAAAGCAUGCAUUUGCGUACACAGUAGUACUUCCACACCAUGGGGCGAUAAACAUUUCCUGCCUUUGUCAAUACGGUUCCCAAUAACCAGUUCAAUGUUUACUAAUGAAACUUUUGAAAGAUAAAUUUUUUUUUUCCUUUUUCUUUUCGUCUGCAAUGAUUGCCCUCCAAUGUUUUGCCACUUGGCAACUACCUUGGUUACCAGUUUGAGCUAAACAUUACUCAUGUAUAUUGAAUAUAUUUUGAGAGGCAGUAAUGGAGUCCUGCCUGUGUGUAAUUAUUAUUACAUGUAUGAUUUUCACAUCGAGUUGUCAGUUUCCAAUAUCAAACCUGCUGGGUAAACAUUUCCACUUUUUUUUUUUAUUGUAAAAGAUUAUUUUUCUAACUUUUUAUCCAUUGUUUGUUCUGUGUUUUUAUCCAUUUUUCUAGAUAGUUAUAGGGCUGCCAUUCACAUACUUUGUACUAUUGCCACAUGGUCAAUACUUUUUCUUUCUUUCUUGUAUUUAUCAAAAAAUAAGGAGCAACAUUUCUUCUAUGGCACUCAGACUUUCUGCAUUUCCAUCAGUUGUGUAUUUAUAUCAUGUACUGUUUAUAGGAGAUUUGUAUAUGAAGAAUUUAUUAAUGUACUCUAACUAUGACAGCUAUGAUAUUGUGAACGAUAAACAGUAUGGUGUACGAUA